AUGUCACUACAACAUAUAAGAUGGCAGACAGCCUUGUGUCUCACCUGUGGACAAUUUCACGAUUCUCAUGGAACACAUCUUUACGAUUACUACCAAACGGUUGACGAAGAUUUGACAUGUCAGAUUUGCUUGCAGCCAUUAGUGAAUCCCCUGGACACUAAAUGUGGACAUACAUUCUGUCAACGUUGUUUAAAGAACUACCUCAAGAUUCAGAAGCAAUGUCCACUAGAUAGACUACCAUUAACUAUUAAAGAUUGUUCUCCAUCCAGUAUAUUAGUACGCAGAUUACUUGAUAAAUUAUUAGUUGUUUGUCCUAAUGUUGAUUAUUGUGAAGAAGUUUUAACACGAUCAGAAUUAGAAGCUCAUUUAUUACAUAGGUGUCGAGGUGCUGUCAAACGGUGUAUCAAAGCCAGUUUAGGCUGCCAUUUUCAAGGUCCAAGAAGUGCCUUACAAAGUCAUCUUUGGGAAUGUCCAUAUCGUGAUCAGCAAGCUGGUAAGGGCAACCAACACAAGUGUAUUCUCUGUAAAAAUCCUGUAAUGGAUGGUGAAGUAUCUACUAUAGAAAUACAGAGAGCUAGUCCUGAAUUAGGCAUUAGUAUUGUUGGUGGAUGUGAUACCCCUCUUAUAUGUACUGUGAUUCAAGAAAUAGUUCCUGAUGGUGUUGUCCAUAAAGAUGGUCGUCUUUUACCUGGGGAUCAAAUUCUUGAGGUAAAUGGUGAAGAUCUAACACAAGCUAGUCAUUAUCAAGCUAAAUCAGCUCUAUAUCAAUAUUAUCCUGUAUGUAGAUUAACAGUAUAUAGAGAAAGAGCUGAGGAGAGUCGUCCUAUUGAAAAAGAAGGUACUAUACAUACCCUUCAGUUGAUUUAUAUGGGAAUGCAUGUUUUCUUGCCUGGAAGACCCCUUGGAAUAAAACUGGUGGGAAAAAGAAAUGGUCCUGGAGUAUAUAUUUUAAAUCUAGUACCAGAAUCAUUAGCUGCAUUUGAUGGUAGAUUAAAACAAGAUGAUAGAGUAUUUGAAAUCAAUGGUAGAGAUGUAACUUAUGGAACUCAAGAACAGGCUGCUGAUAUUAUACAGUCUGAUCCAACCUGUGUUCAGUUUGUAAUAUCUAGAAGAAGUCGUCCACAAACUCCUGAUCUCAUCCGUUCUACCUCUCAUGAUGCCAGUAAUUAUUCUGUUUAUUCUGAUAAAUCAUCUACAUCCUCAUCUUCCAACUCUUUAUUAAAUACUCCAAUAGUAGAAAGAACGAUACACGUUACCAAGGAUACAUGUGAAACAUUAGGUGUCAGUGUAGCAGGAGGUGUAGCUAGUCAUAGAGGAGAUACACCUAUCUAUAUUACUAAUAUAAAUCCUAAAGGUUGUCUGGGUAGAACUGGUAAAUUAAAGCGUGGAGAUAUUAUUUUGAAUGUCAAUGGUAAUAGUUUAUUGGGACAAAGUCAUAAUGAGGCUGUGAAACAACUGAAAUUAAGCUCUGAUCUAAAUCAGUUGACAUUACAAGUUGUUGAUGGUGCUGAAACAUGUGAUGGACCAGGCAAUUUUAUACCUACAUGGCUAUAUUGGUUAAAAGUUCCUAAACAAUGUUAUAUUUUACGGUCAAUCUCAUUAUUAAGAAGUCCAAGUGGUAGUCUGGGUUUCUCUAUAGUUGGUGGAAGUGAUCAUGCUCAUGGUGCUAUGCCUGUUUUUGUCAAGUCUGUUGUUCCUGACACACCUGCAGCUAAAGAUGGCAGGCUCAAAUGUGGUGAUAUAGUUCUCAGUGUAAAUGAACAUAAUUUAAAAACAAUAACUCAUGGUAAAGCUGCAGAAAUAUUAAAACAAUUAGAUGGUGUUGUGAACAUGACCGUGGUUUCGUGGCCGGGCACUUUAGUUUAA